AUAACCUCUUGAUCCAGUUCCUUCAUCAAGUUGAAACCUUUUUGUCCCCCCAAUACUUUUAAUUAAAAAAUAAUUUAAACAAAAUCCCACAAUUCUUUUUAUAUAUAUAAAUCUUGACCGUUUUGUACAACUUACAUGUACUUCACGUAUCUUCCACGUCCCCCUUCGUCUCCCCCAAGCAGAUAAUAAAAAUUUGAAGGUGGUAUGAAACUAUGAACUAUGAAUAGAAGCAUUCGUUCUUUAAAACCGAAGUAAUGGAUUACAUUGAGGGUCUAUUUAAGCAAACUCAGAACAAGUAGUCCAGGAUUUUGAAGAUUUUUGAGUCAACAAGAUCACAAAAAUAUUGUUUUUAUGGUUUCUGCAUUUGGCACACUAGAAAAGUGUGAUUAGGGUUUGUUAGAAACACGUUUAUCGGGCAUUCUAGGGUUUGUGUGAGAGAAAAAUGGGACACUCUGCAGCUGUUUGGGAUACCAGGAUGGCUCUUGAAACAACAAAGGACUGGAAUGGAAUUGAGCAAAUCGUUCUUCGGAAUCCACUAGGAGCUUCGGCUAGGGUUAGCUUGCUUGGAGGUCAAGUUACUUCAUGGCGAAAUGAAAGAGGCGAAGAACUUUUGUUUAUGAGCAACAAGGGAAUUCUUAAAUCCGCGAAGCCAAUGCGAGGAGGUAUUCCAAUUUGUUUUCCUCAGUUUGGUAACUGUGAUUCACUUGAGCAACACGGGUUUGCAAGAAACAAAAUAUGGGCGGUUGAUGACGAUGCUCCGCCACUUCCCGCCAACGAUCCCCAAUGGAAAUCCUUCGUUGACUUGCUUCUUAAACCGUCCGAAGAAGAUCUCAAGUUUUGGCCACACAGCUUUGAGUUUCGUCUUCGAGUCUCACUUGGGAUGGAUGGAAACUUGACAUUAAUAUCUCGCGUUAGGAACGUCAAUGGGAAGCCUUUUAGUUUUUCUUUCGCGUAUCACUCGUAUUUCUCUGUCUCUGACAUAAGUGAAGUGAGGAUCGAAGGGCUAGAGACAAUGGACUACUUUGACAACCUUUGUAAAAGAGAGCGUUUCACAGAACAAGGAGAUGCUAUUACUUUUGAAUCCGAGAUCGAUCGUGUUUAUCUUAGUUCUCCGAGUUGUAUUGCUGUACUUGAUCAUGAAAGGAAGCGUACAUACGUGUUACGAAAGGAAGGACUGCCGGAUGUUGUGGUGUGGAAUCCAUGGGAGAAGAAAUCAAAAGCGAUGUCUGAUUUCGGAGACGAUGAAUACAAGCAAAUGCUAUGUGUGGAUGGUGCAGCGAUAGAGAAACCGAUUACUUUGAAACCAGGCGAAGAAUGGACUGGUCGUUUGGAAAUCGCGGUCGUGCCGUCAAGUUUUUGCAGUGAGGGUCUCUGAUUUUCAGUUGAGGUUUCCUCCUUGUAAGAUACUGUUUUCGGGUUUUACCUUUUGUUUUCGAUAUGGAAGUAGAUUAUAGGUGUCGGUUUUAAGGUUUAAGCUGUGUAAUCUAUGUUUAGGAUUCUCAGUAGUUAAAGUAUCUUAUGUUUUUUUUUCUUUUAAAGAUGAAUGCAUGCACCUAAAACCAUGCAGCAUAUUUUCUA